AUGGGAAAAAGAAAGAGGGGAGUUCCAUCGCUGGAAGCCUCAAUUAAUGGUCCAGGACUACAUAGCACCAGUAAUUCUGAACCGGCUCAGGCACCUUCAAAGGAGGAAAAGAUCUCAGGGUCAUUGGACGAUGCCGUGGUUCGACCUAUCGUUGUGCAGAUAGCCAUUGGAACGUAUGAGAAGAUUCUACACGGCAUCACCGCUACAUUCACAUUAGCGGGUCAUGAAUCCGAAAAUGCGGCUGAGAAUGCGGAGUUUGCAGACACCUUCAUGCUCAAUGCCCACAGCUCAGCAAUCAGAUGUGUCGCAGUAUCGCCUGUACAUGUUGGCGGCGAUAGGGUCAUCCUUGCAAGUGGCGGCUCUGAUCAGGUCGUGAACCUAUAUUCUCUAGCAUCGACAUCAUCUCCAGAACUGCUAGAACAAGGUCGUUCUAAGCUCACAUUGGUAGGAUCAAAAGCUGUAGAGAACCCUCGAAAUAAGGAACUAGGAUCUUUGCAGAACCAUGCUGGUGGUGUCAAUGCUAUCAGCUUUCCUAAUCGGUCGAAAAUGCUGUCUGCCUCGGAUGACAGCACGAUAGCUGUAGCGAGGACGAAAGACUGGACGGUGUUAUCUUCAGUCAAGGCUCCUGUUCCGAAAGCGCAGGGGAGAGCCAGUGGAGAUACGGCUCCGCCUGGAGAUUUCCCAACCGGUAUAAACGACUUCGCAGUACACCCAAGCAUGAAGCUCAUGCUGAGCGUUGGAAAAGGAGAGAAAUGCUUGAGACUAUGGAAUCUCGUUACCGGUAAGAGGGCAGCAGUCCUCAAUUUUGAACGGCAAUAUCUACAACAAGUAGGGGAGACCAGAUAUACCACUGGUGAAGGCCGAAAGGUUAGAUGGAAUACUACUGGAGAGGAUUUUGUCGUUGGAUUUGACAGAGGCUGUAUCAUCUACGGCGUUGACUCAAAGCCCAAAAGCUGGAUGUUUCCAAGGACCAAGAUCCACCAACUCCGCUACAUAUCAUCGAAUUCGUCACAGGAGCAAGCCAAUGAUGUGUUAGCUGUGUCUACAGAAGACGGUCGAUUGCUGUUCUAUCAUCGAACUCAGAAAAUGGCUGACACUGCUGAAGACUCCCAAUCCAGUAUGGAUGACAAGCGAUGCGAGCCCUUUGCGCAACUUGGCGGUGCGACUGAGGGGCUUACAGGUCGCAUCAAAGAUUUUGUUGCAUUGACUUCGCCUGAUCCUCAAAUUCAGAUUCUUGUCACCGGUAGCAGUGAUGGUGCUAUUCGCAUUUGGUCUCUAAAAACAAGCGAGGUAUUCCAGCAGUAUGACUUGCAUUCCGCAGAAUUAAGAGGGAAACGGCUCGUCAAGCAAGUAGGCAAUCUACUUGGUACCUAUGAAGCUAGCAAUCGAAUCACCUGUCUAACGGCAUUCUUGAUGAAGUAG